GGGGGGGGUAAAGGGGGUUAUUACAUUUAUUACAUCAAUAAGGGUGACAAAUCCUAAUGGCAUUACCAUUUUAGACGUUAAAUUCAUAAACCGCCAUGACGUCGAAACGGGGGCGAAGGGGCAGAGAAGGGGGGUCCCAACUGAGCAUGCCGGAAGCAGUCACGCGUGGCGCGUCAUCACAGCAUUCACAGCAACCCCAUCGGCCCUUUACCAUCUUGGAUUAAUGAUCAUUAGGAUUCGGCUCAUUAUAGGCAGUCGAUUAGAAACGAUAGCUAAUGACCCAUCAAGUUGCGUCGGACAGGAAUAAUUUUGAGUCCGAGAGCUGCCAGUGACCCAUACAUAGACAACGGACGCUGUCAAGCAGUGCGGAUCUUCAGCGACAUCACAUUCCACUCCACUCCAGCAAGACUCACUAUGCCAUCUGUCUCACCAUGGACCAUCCUCUUGUCCCUCCCUAUCCUCCUUCGACUCCUCAAAACCCGGCCCCUGCCUUCAAGGGAGACGAUCAUCCGUCCAUCGGAGGAGAGGGUCGUAUUGUUAGGUGCAAGUAGUGGGAUAGGUAGAGAUCUGGCACUGGUCUACGCUGGACGAGGUGCGAGGAUAUGCCUCGUGGCGAGACGAAGGGACGCACUUGAAUCGGUCAAGAAGGAAUGUUUGGCUUUGGGCGCAGCGGAAGAUAGAGUAUUGGUUAUCGUCGGGGAUCUGACCAGUACAGAGGACGUCAUAAGGAUAAGAGAAGAGGUUGUCAAGGCGUGGAAGGGUCUUGACACAUUACAUAUUCUCGCUGGAGUGCCCUCCACCUCUACGCUCUUGGAUAUCGCAGGCGUACCUUUGUCUUCAUCAUCCACUUCGUCGCAUGGUAAAAGGGCGUUCCAGUCUGAUGGUCCGACGAAAGAGGGCUUGGACAGGCUGGCAGAAGAUGCAAGGGUGUCCGUGGAGGUGAAUUACAUAGGUACGACUUUGGCCCUCGCGGCGUUUCUUCCUACACUGGCUUCGUCCUCUCGAUCGCCUGCGAUGCAUCACCUGUCAAGUGUUGGCGCUAUGAUCCCCGCGCCACGUCGAGCCGUCUACGCAUCGACCAAGGCGGCUGCGUUGAUGUUGGUCGAAACGUGUAGAGUCGAAUGCGAGGGAUCGGGUGUCAGAUUCUUGUCUAUACUGCCGGGAACGAUUGAUAACGAUUUCCGGACGAAAUCUGCUGUAUCGGGCUCGAAGGGGAAUUGCGAGGUCCAGCAAGGGAUCAAACACGAUUGGGAAAAGCUAUUGCUCGACCCGAAGAAAGUGGUCGAGACUAUCCUAUAUCACUUGUCUCUGAACCCAUCGCCGUUCCCACUGAUACCCAUCUGGCCAUUAUCCCUUGUCCCUUCCCUCAGAGUGCCACCGAAACCCCUCGUGUUCCUACCGUGGCAGUACAGGAUGGCAUUCGUACUAAUGAGGGAUACGGUGCUGGGAUGGCUGUAUCUCGAGCCGAGUGCAAGGCGAAAGUAUGGUCUGCCGGCGUAAGGGGAAAACACACACCAUAUGAGAGAGAUC